UAGAACCGGUCCGACCAGGAGGAACCAGCAGGAGGCUGAGCUCAGCCAGCAGAACACAGCCGCCGCUCUGCGCUGCGGAUCACACCGUUCCCUUCGCUCCUCUGGAAUGAGGCUUUCUGAUGGUUCCGGAUGACCUGAGCAGCCGGAUCGGUUCUGAUCGGACCUCCUUCCCUCAUCAGCUGCUGUUAGACUCGGACCCGCCCGGACCUCCGCCAUGAGCGGUCACGAGGAAGGUGGCCGCGGCACCGCGCCGCCUCAGAACGUCAAACCCAACCCGCCCCCGCAGAACCGCAGGGCCACCAAGGCCCGGCGGUCCCGCAGCAGCGACUCGGAGCGGGCUGACCGCAGCAGCAGGAGGAGGGAGCGGGACCGUCACCACGGCGACCGGCGGGGACGCAGCGAGGAGACCCGCCGUCGGAAUGGGAAGGAGGUGGAGCGCGUCCAGAACCGGCCCGUGGACGUGGUGGAGGACACGGAGUGCGCCGUAUGCUUCUGCUCCUACGACAACGUCUUCAAGACGCCGAAGCUGCUGGCGUGCGGCCACACCUUCUGCCUGGAGUGCCUCGCCCGCAUCAACGUCAGCUCCGCCGAGAUCAAGAGCCUGACCUGCCCCGUCUGCCGCCUUCCCACCGAGCUGCGCAAGGGGCGGGACCUGCCGCGCCUCGGCACCAACCAGGACAUCAUCGGCAAGCUGCCGGCGGACAUGCGGCGGGCGCUGUCCGUCCGCUUCAAGCGCAGCAAAGGGAAGCUGAUGCUGAAGCACCCGCCGCCCGGCGGCAAGCCCCCCGCCCUGCCGCUCAACAAGCCCCGCUCGCCAGCCGAGCCCGACGCUGCCGAGCCGGGGGCGCCGCCGGCUGCGGUGGUGGAUGUGGGACGGCCCCCCAACAGGAUGAGGGGGCGUGUCCGCCGCCUGUUCCGCUCGGACCAGUGCUACUACGUGGUGGUGGCGUCCAUCAUCACCAUCACCGUGGCGCUGAUGCUGGUCGGCAUCCUGGCCUUCGUCAUCAUCCCCAAUGUGGCCCUGUACCACGGCCCCGCCCACCCUGGCAACUCCACCAGCCCCCCGGGGGGAGGCCCCUGAGGGGCCCGCUGGACCGGAACCAGCUCAGAACUACGGGACAAAGAUCGCUGGAAGCGGUUUGGACCGGUCCAGACGGGCCUCCCGGUUCUGUUCAGACUGUAGAUAUUUGUAAACAGACGCUUCUAUUCAUGUUUUUCUACGUCAGCCGGAGUCCAUAGAACUCUGGUCCGAGGAACCGGAUCAGAACCAGAUUCCCGAGCAGCGGCUCCUUGAUCUUUUAGACAAAUGGAUCUGGAUCCGACCGGUUCCCUGGACUCUAAUCUGAGCUGUGAACAUGACGGCCGUAGGCCAAUCGGAGGAAGGCGGCCGUAGGCCAAUCGGAGGAAGGCGGCCGUAGGCCAAUCGGAGGAAGGCGGCCGUAGGCCAAUCGGAGGAAGGCGGCCGUAGGCCAAUCGGAGGAAGGCGGCCGUAGGCCAAUCGGAGGAAGGGGGCCAUCAGCCAAUCAGAGGAAGACGGCCGUCGGCCAAUCAGAGGACAGCUUCCAUGGAAACCAUGUUUCCUUUGUAGAUGUUCUGAUUCACCUGCUCAGUAACAAAUGUUUUUUUUGCAGCAAUAAUCUGAUAUUAUUUUUGGAUUAUUGUAACCUGUACAUGUCUUCAUUAAAAAUAUAAAUAUAUAUAAAAAUAAAAUAAAGGCCUUAAAGGAU